UUUUGACAAUUACUUGUAAUCUGUGAUUUGCAAAAAUUUUUCAGUUCCACAAUAGUGAACAAAUUUCUAUUUUUUUUAUACAAGAAUAAUAAAAGUAUAAAUUCAUUUGAAUAAUGGCAGCGCCUACAGUAAAUGUAACAGCUUAUUUAGCAACACAGAAGAAAACAACAAACCGGGAACUUGCUAAUGAGUGGACAACUAUCGAAGAUUUGUACAAUGAGAAGUUGUGGAAUGAAUUGACCAUUUUGCUGACGCGUUUUGUGCGAAAUCCUGCCCUUCAGGACGAAGAUGCUUUGUUACAGUUGUACCAAAACUUCAUCGCUACAUUCGAAAUGAAAAUAAAUCCUUAUGGAUUAGUUCAGAUACUGGAAGUAGUAGUGGAACAUAUUUCCGAUAAGAAGGAAGCCGUAGAGUUCUUAGAUAAGCUAAAGGAUAAAGUGAGCAUAUGUGAUGAAGCCGUGUGGUAUAUUAAGGUGAUGCAAGGAAAUAUUUAUUUAACCAACCUUAAUGAUUUGGAUGCCACGAAAAAAAUUAUUGAAGAACUGCGUGAAGUUUUGGAAGAGGCAGGCAAUGUGACACCGGUUCAUGGAAAAUUCUAUAUGCUCGCAUCACAGUACUACAGACGAGUGGGUAAACACAGUGAUUACUACCGUUGUGGAUUACAAUUUCUUGGUUGUUCCAUGGAUGAUUAUCCCAAAGAUCAGUGGGCACAACAAGCAUUUUUCUUAGGCCUAGCAGCCUUGCUUGGUGAUGGCAUUUAUAAUAUCGGUGAACUGUUGGCGCAUCCUAUUCUGGAAUCAUUAAAGGGUACAGAUAACGAAUGGCUUGUCGAAUUACUUAAAGCUUUUAAUACAGGCAACAUACCCAAAUUCAAUGAGAUGAAAAAGAUUUGGUCUAAAAUUCCCGACUUGGCUGCACAAGAAGUUAAAUUGCGACAGAAAAUCUCACUUCUUUGUCUAAUGGAAAUGACUUUCCAACGUUCAGCCAAUCAACGUGCAAUAUCGUUCGAGGAAAUCGCAAAAGAGACCACACUGCCACAAAAAGAAGUUGAAUUACUCAUCAUGAAAGCACUAGCACAAGACUUGGUGCGCGGGGAAAUAGAUCAAGUUGCUGGAGUUGUGAAUAUGUCAUGGGUACAACCGCGUGUAUUAGGACGAAAACAAAUUGCUGGAAUGGCUACUACCUUAGACCACUGGAUGGCGUCUAUAACAUCAAUGGAGAAACUAAUGGAAACGCGUGCCGCCGAAAUUUUAACAAAUUAAUAUUCUCGAUUGGAAGUGUUUUUUCUAAUAUUAAUUUAGUUUAAAAAUUUAAAAUAAAUAACGUAAUGUACGCUUGCAUACUGGAUGUGGUGUACAUUACACAAAUGUGAA